GCAUCCCGGAGCCUCGGCUAAACUCGGGCCAUGUGACCAAGAUCUGACAAAGAUGGCGGCCUCCGUAUAGAAAAUGCUUUAUUCGUUUCGCACGCCGGGACGCACUUAACGUGUUGUGGUACAAAUCGAAACGGAAGCAUGAAGACAUUCUGCGGCCGAGCAAACCCUAUCACGGGCGCGCUGGACUGGGUCGAAGAAAGCGGGGAGUAUGAUUACCAUCAGGAGAUCGCCAGGUCCUGCUACGCAGACAUGCUCCAUGACAAAGACAGGAAUGAAAAGUACCAACAGGGCAUCCGAGCAGCAGUUAGCAGAGUGAAGGCUCGAGGAGAGAGGGCCAUCAUUCUGGAUAUUGGCACAGGAACAGGUCUUCUGUCCAUGAUGGCCAGCAGCGCUGGUGCUGAUUACUGCUAUGCUGUGGAGGUCUUCAAGCCCAUGGCUGAAGCAGCCAUUCGGAUCGUGGAGAGAAACGGCUUUGCUGACAAAAUUAAGAUCAUCAACAAACACUCAACUGAAGUCACAGUGGGCCCCGAUGGAGACAUGCAACAGCGAGCCAACAUAUUGGUGACUGAGCUGUUUGACACUGAGCUGAUUGGGGAGGGGGCUUUACCCAGCUAUGAACAUGCACAUGUGUACUUGGUGCAGGAGGGCUGCGAGGCAGUGCCACACCGUGCCACGGUGUACGCGCAGCUGGUGCAGUCAGAGCAGCUGUGGAGCUGGGCGCAGCUGCUGCCCAUGCAGGUUGGGGCCCGAAGACUCCUGCCCCCUCCCUCUAUGGGCCGCUGUGCGGGAGCGCCCUCUGUCUGUGACAUCCAGCUCAGCCAAGUGCCACCUGACACCUUCACGGCCCUGAGCCCCCUGUGCACCAUGUUCAGCGUGGACUUCAGCCAGCAUGUCAGCAGCGCUUCUGCGUCAUACUCCUUCCGGUUCCAGGCCCAGGCCAGUGGUCUGGCCCAGGCUGUCCUGUCCUGGUGGGACAUAGAUAUGGAUCCUGACGGCACCAUAGUAUGCUCCAUGGCUCCCAGCUGGACCUACCGGGACCCCCGUUCUUACCCUUGGAGGGAUCACUGGAUGCAGAGUGUGUAUUUCUUGCCUGGAGAGCAGAAGGUAUCUGAAGGGGAAGAGCUUAGUCUGACGGUGUCCCACGAUGACUACAGCCUCUGGUACAGCCUGCACUCCUACAGCCAGCAGGGCGGCGAGAUCGAGGUGGUGCCCCGUCGGCCGUACUGUUCAUGUCAGGCACACCUGGUGUGGACCAGGCCUCGCUUCGGUGAGCUGAAUGAUCCCCAGCGGACGGAGACCUAUGUGCGGGCACUGCAGAGUGUCCUGAGUGCAGACAGCGUGUGCCUGAGCGUCAGUGAUGGGAGUCUGCUUCCUGUCUUCGCCCACCUGCUGGGCGUGAAGAAGGUUUAUAGCCUGGAGAGCUCCGGUUUGUCUAAGCAAGUGGUGGAACAGGUGCUGGAGGCCAACUCUCUGAGUGACGCGGUUCAGGUGCUGAAUGGCAGGCUGGACCAGCUGACCACCAGCGAUCUGGGGGGGGCGCAGGUGUCUGUGCUGAUCGGAGAGCCGCACUUCAGCACCAGCCUGCUGCCCUGGCAUUCCCUCUUCUUCUGGUACUGUCGGACAGCCCUGGCCCGCCUGCUGCAGCCCGGCGCCAUCAUUCUGCCCCGCUCUGCCGCACUGUACAUGGUCGCCGUGGAGUUCCGGGAUCUGUGGCGAAUCCGAGCCCCCUGUGGGUUCUGUGAAGGCUUUGAUGUCCGUCCCAUGGAUGAGAUGAUCCAGCAUUCCCUGGACUUUCGGGAGUCACGGGAGGCCGAACCACACUACCUGUGGGAAUACCCCUGCCGUGCCCUGACCCAGCCCUGUGCUGUCAUGACCUUUGACUUCACACAGUUUGUCCCUGAGCAGCCAAUCAGCAGCCAGGGAUCAGUCUCCAUUGUAAGGAGUGGCCGUUGCCAUGGUGUGGUUCUAUGGAUUGAAUACCAGCUGACCGAUGACAUUGCGAUGAGCAUGGGCCUGAUUCGGCCAGUCGGUGAGCAGGGUGUCUGCCAGUGGAGCCCCCACCAAAAGCAGGGGGUAUAUUUCUUCAGCUCGCCCCAAGACACUGUUGGGAAUGGACAGACUGCAGUCACCUACAAUCUGACCUUUGAACCCAGCAUCGGGGAUAUCAGAAUGCAGUAUUCAGUGACUAGUGACCCAUGACUCCAUUUCAAUGACAUAAACAGCACACAUACCGUCACCUAAUUCUGUACUUGUGUUUCAAUUAAAAACAAC